UCAUCUUCUGCCUGAAAUCAAGGAGCCAUGUUUCUAAACGGCCUUAGCGACAGUAACUAAGGGGCGGGGCGAGACGCCGUGACGUCGCGAGAACACUCCGCGGGAUCCCGCAGCGCUCCUGUAUCUCAGCCUGAAGAGCUCCGAGACCAGAAUCCAGACUCAGUCCAGGACGACACGGUCCACCAGUCACAGCGGAGACCUGCAGGACGAUGGAGAACCAGAACCCGGACCGCAGGAGCCAAACAGCAGCCUCGUGCUCUGAUAGCGCCGAUGUUCAGAGAAGGAGAAGAAGAGAUGGACUCAAAUGUCACCGCUGUCAGUACUGUGACAAAUCCUUCACAACAUCUGGAUAUUUGAAGAUUCAUCAGAGAGUUCACACUGGAGAGAAACUGUACAGCUGUGAACAGUGUGGAAAAACUUUUACCCAAUCAGGUAGCCUAAAAAUCCACCAACGUGUUCACACUGGAGAGAAACCGUACAGCUGUGACCAGUGUGGGAAAACUUUCACUACAUCACGUGAACUUCAAAUCCACCAACGUGUUCACACUGGAGAGAAACCCUACAGCUGUGAUCAGUGUGGAAAAACUUUCACUAUGUCAGGUAGCUUAAAAAAACACCAACGUGUUCACACUGGAGAGAAACCCUACAGCUGUGAUCAGUGUGGAAAAACUUUCACUAUGUCAGGUAGCCUAAAAAACCACAGACGUGUUCACACUGGAGAGAAACCCUACUGGUGUGAACAGUGUGGGAAAACUUUUACUCAAUCAGGUCACCUAAAAAACCACCAACGUGUUCACACCGGAGAGAAACCGUAUUGGUGUGCACAGUGUGGGAAAAUGUUUACUCAAUCAGGUCAACUAAAAAACCACCAACUUCUUCACACUGGAGAGAAACCGUACUGGUGUGAAAAGUGUGGGAAAACUUUCACUACAUCAGGUGAACUUCAAAUCCACCAACGUGUUCACACGGGAGAGAAACCAUACUGGUGUGAACAGUGUGGGAAAACUUUUACUCAAUCAAGUCACCUAAAAAUCCACCAACGUGUUCACACUGGAGAGAAACUGUACUGCUGUCAGCACUGUGACAAAUCCUUCAAAACAUCAGGUGAGCUAAAAAUCCACCAACGAGUUCACACUGGAGAGAAACCGUACAGCUGUGACCAGUGUGGGAAAACUUUCACUCGAUCAGGUCACCUAAAAACCCACCAACGUGUUCACACUGGCGAGAAACUGUACGGCUGUGAACAGUGUGGGAAAACUUUCACUCAAUUGUGUCACCUAAAAACCCACCAUCGUGUUCACACUGGCGAGAAACUGUACGGCUGUGAACAGUGUGGGAAAACUUUCACUCGAUCAGGUAACCUAAAACUCCACCAACGAGUUCACACUGGAGAGAAACCGUACAGCUGUGACCAGUGUGGGAAAACGUUCAUUACUGCAGGUAAACUAAAAAUUCACCAACGUGUUCACACUGGCGAGAAACUGUACGGCUGUGAACAGUGUGGGAAAACUUUCACUCAAUUGUGUCACCUAAAAACCCACCAUCGUGUUCACACUGGCGAGAAACUGUACGGCUGUGAACAGUGUGGGAAAACUUUCACUCGAUCAGGUCACCUAAAAGAGCACCAACGAGUUCACACUGGAGAGAAACCGUACUGGUGUGAACAGUGUGGAAAAACUUUCACUCGAUCAAGUAACCUAAAACUCCACCAACGAGUUCACACUGGAGAGAAACCAUACUGGUGUGAACAGUGUGGAAAAACAUUCACUACAUCAGGUGAACUUCAAAUCCACCAACGUGUUCACACUGGAGAGAAACCGUACUGGUGUGAACAGUGUGGAAAAACUUUCACUCAAUCAGCUCACCUAAAAAAGCACCAACGUGUUCACACUGGAGAGAAACCGUACAGUUGUGGCCAAUGUGGCAAAUCUUUUACCGACAGGAGAAACCUUAGAAGACACAAAUGCAUCCACAAUGCGUCACUGUGACAUUUUUCACAGAGCCGAGCUAGCUGUUUCCUUCUGCCCUAAAUACCACCACCUGUUAUCAUGUGACUGUGCUGGAUUAACGUCAUGUGAUGACAGCUGAGGAAGUUUGAUUUGGAAAGAGCUGGAAAGCGUCAGUCUGGAGGUUUUAUCAGCCAAUAGUGAAACUGCAGUAGCCAGGUUUCAACCAGUAGAGGGCAGUCUCUGCAUUUUUAUAGCACUAGAUGUAGAAUUCACAUGGUUGACUGUAAAAUGAGAUUUGGACCUGAAUCCAUCAACAACACUACUAAAUACUCAUACCGAUUGUUUAUCAGCUGAAAUAAGAGGUCUCUCCUCUGGUAAAGCCGGUGGCAGUAGGCCUGUAAAAGAUGUAGACUGUGCUUCUUGCACAAUUUAAUAAUAUGAUUAAAUCAAUAUGACUUAUUGAUUUAAUAACCCACUGAAAUAAUAUUAGGCUUAUACUAGUGGUAAACCAUAUGAAAUUAUAAUAUUAUACUAAUGGUAUAAUAUGGAAUUAACAUUGUGCUUUUAUUACUUUCAAAUCACAUUGAUGACCGUUAUGAUUCCUCUCUGUAGCCCCAUUCUUAAAAAACCUGGCCUUGAUCAUCUAAACAUGGACAAUUACAGACCAAUAUCCAAUUUA